AGCUGUCUUUGACAUGGAGGACACAGCAGGAAAGGCUUUCGCCUGUUACAAGUUCUCACUUCAGCAGAUGUGUCUGGACCUCAUGUGUGAGUUAAAGAGCUCGAUUCAAAAUUUCUGUAAUUGUGUGAAAACACAUUGAAGAGCUUCGAUGACAGUUGUGGUGCCAUGGGCUUUGACGUGAAGAAUUAUUCCAUGCUGGAAUCAGGGAACGUCUGCUCGCACGCGGAUCAUUGCAAAGCUUGAGCUCCAUUGGGAGAAAGGUGGGGGAGGAACGAUGACUGGGUUCUGUGUUUGCUGCUGGACGGGUGACAGUCAAGGUCAGAGGUUCAUUUUCCCCAUCUCUCUCUCUGCCGUGGGCUUUCAUAGCUGAUGGGGAGGAGAAUUCGGAAGCGCCCAAGCAUCUGGAGCAGUUCCCUUCACAUCGUGAGGGACAGCAAAGUCACUUUGUGGUUGCCAGCGAAUGGAAACAAGCUGGAUACUGUUAUAGGGAGACAGACUUUGGGGAGGGGAGGUCAUGUUACCCAGAGAGAGAGAGAGAGAGAGAGAGGGUCACUGUGAGAAGCAGAACGGUGGAGUUGCUAAAAUGGGGUGCAGAUUUAAGUAUAAAAGAAUUGAAAUCAACAGUCUGAACAGUAUAUAACUUUAUAGACAAUGCUCACCAACUUACACUUCACUUCAAACAGCUUUGGUUUCCACUCGCAUGACCACAAUUUACAUUUCAGCUGAAUGAAAACAUGCACACCGGCUUUAAGUCAUGCAUUCGGAAAUGGAAGUAAUUUGUGGAAGGUAGAAGACGUCUCUGGAGAUAAGACUGUGAGUCAUCGUAGCAGACUUGUGUGAAGCCUGCGAAGGUUUGGACAAAGCUAAUUAUUGCCAGACUGAGUGUGGUGUUUACAGAGAAGUCAAGACCCCAAAUGGAACAUGAAACAUUAUGAAACUAUACCUUAUAAGUCGGUGACAUCACUGCUGAAGCAUUGUCUUACUAUUUAGAAUCAACCCCGGUCAGUGUCACUUCAAAAAAGUCUUCUUCAGUAACCGCCUCUAUUCAUGAAACUAAGUAGAGCAGACGUUUCCCUACUGGGUAUCCCUCCAAACCAGCGUCUUUAGCUGUUAAGACAAAGAUAGGAUUAGAGCCACGAUCAUUGGGACAGUGAGCGCUGAGGUAUUAGAGUCUAAGCUGGAUUUAAAAUGAAAAUACCGGUCGUCUGGCCCGUGAGGUGUCUGCAGAAAACCAUAGCGAGAGGUACAGACGGUGGGCAGCAGGACUGGAUGCCUCGACAUCAACGGUUUCGGCCAUGGAAAUAAUGCUGAGGAGUCCCCCACUGAAAGUGGUCAACAUCCCAUGGAGGAAUAACAACCUCAGUACGCUGCACAGCGAGCCGCCUCUCUCAGAACAGGGAGAAACUAUCAUCGGCGUCUACCUGCUGGUCCUUGGAUGGCUGUCCUGGUUUGGCAACAGCUUAGUGAUGUUUGUCUUGUACAGACAAAGGUCAUCGCUCCAGCCAACCGAUUUUCUCACUUUGAAUCUCGCCAUCUCUGAUGCCAGCAUCUCAGUGUUUGGCUACUCCAGAGGGAUUCUGGAAAUAUUCAAUAUCUUCCAGGACGAUGGGUUUCUGAUCACCUGGAUCUGGACCUGCCAGGUGGACGGCUUCUUCACCUUGCUCUUCGGUCUUGCUAGCAUCAACACUCUGACUGUCAUCAGCGUCACCAGAUACAUCAAGGGAUGUCACCCAAACAAAGGUCAGUGCAUCAGCAUGAACACCAUAGCGAUAUCGCUCAUCUGUAUUUGGACCGGAGCUUUGUUUUGGUCCCUGGCUCCAGUGCUGGGAUGGGGGAGUUACACAGACCGGGGAUAUGGUACCUGUGAAGUGGACUGGUCCAAAGCCAACUACUCCACCAUCCACAAGUCCUACAUCAUUUCCAUCCUCAUCUUCUGCUUCUUCAUCCCGGUGAUGAUCAUGCUCUUCUCCUACGUCUCCAUUAUCAACACGGUCAAGAGCACCAACGCCAUGUCGUCGGACGGCCUCCUCACCUCCCGCCAGAGGAAGGUGGAGAAAGAUGUGACUCGGAUCUCAAUUGUCAUCUGCACAGCUUUCAUCUUGGCCUGGUCACCAUAUGCUGUGGUGUCUAUGUGGUCGGCCUGGGGCUUCCACGUGCCAAGCACGACCAGCAUCAUCACCCGCCUCUUUGCCAAGUCUGCCAGCUUCUACAACCCACUCAUCUACUUCGGCAUGAGCUCCAAGUUCCGAAGCGACGUUGCUGUUUUGCUGCCUUGCACCCGAGAGAACAGGGACGUGAUCCGCCUGCAGCAGUUCAAGAACAUCAAGCCCAAGGCGGAGCGGCCGGCUGGGCCCGCAGAACUUCCUGCGCAGACGCCAGAGGCCAAAUACACAGCAAAGCUCAGUCAGUCCAACCCGGAUAGUGACUCUGGAGUCAACAGCCCCCCCGACACCCCUCCUCUGGACGUCCAAGAGGUCUACCACGUCGAGGUGCCCAUGCACACUGAGACAUCACAGUACUGGUGUGACCGGCUGUGAAGUCUGCUUCCACGCUGCUCCAAUUCAUACUUGAAUCCUGAGGGGAGAUUAAUAGUAUUUUGUAUUUGAUUUGGUCUCGCUUGACUUUAUAAAACCUGUAAAUGAUGUCAAUAAAUUAUUUUUCAA